ACGUGUACGUAGUUGUCUAGAUAAUAAAAAAAAAGAAAGUGAUUAGUAAUUAGCGAGAAGCAUAGAAAUUUCUAAUAAUUGUUAAUACAGAUCCAGAUGCAGAAGUGAUAGCACUAUCGCCAAAGACACUAAUGGCAACAAACAGGUUCAUAUGCGAGGUAUGCAACAAAGGGUUCCAAAGGGAGCAAAACCUACAGCUACACAGAAGAGGACACAACCUACCAUGGAAGCUGAAGCAGAAGACGAACAAAGAGCCAAAGAGAAAGGUUUAUCUGUGCCCCGAACCCACGUGUGUCCACCACGACCCUUCCAGGGCCUUGGGAGACCUCACUGGGAUCAAGAAGCAUUACUCUCGCAAGCAUGGCGAGAAGAAGUGGAAGUGUGACAAGUGUUCUAAGAAAUAUGCUGUUCAAUCCGAUUGGAAGGCUCAUUCUAAAACUUGCGGAACCAGAGAGUAUAGAUGCGAUUGUGGCACUCUCUUCUCUAGACGUGACAGUUUCAUCACUCAUAGGGCCUUCUGUGAUGCCCUAGCUCAAGAAAGUGCAAGGCACCCAAAUGGCACCAUGAACCCUUUGGGAGGGACACAUUUGUAUGCCACAAACACAAACCACAUGACCUUAGGCCUCUCCCAAUUAGGCACCCAAAUCUCCCAAUUCCAGAAUCACCAAAGUGGCGCCACUCACGGCAGCGGCGGCGGCGGCAUCCUCCGUCUCGGGAGCGCCGGGGCAGCCAAAUUCGAGCACUUAAUCCCGCCUUUAAGCCAUCAGUCUUCAUCAUUUGGACACUCACCCCAAUCAUCACUCACUAAUCCCUCACCUUUCUUCAUCAAUGACCCAAAUCAAGCAUUUGAAGACAACAACCAAACUCAUCAACAAGGUUCAUUAUUCUCAAGCAAGCAAUUACAUGGUCUAAUGCAACUUCCUGAUCUUCAAGGAAACACCACCAACACCAACUCUAAUAAUUCUUCCAAUCUUUUCAACCUUAGCUUCUUCCCAAACAACAACAAUAGCAGUGGAACCAUCAUCCCUGACCAAUUCAAUAGUAACCAACAAGGAACAACAACAUCAACACUCUACGGUGACCAAGUUGGUUCAGGUUUGUCUUCACUCUUUGGAAAUUCAUCUUCAUUGCAACAUGAGAACGUGUCCCCUCAUAUGUCAGCCACUGCAUUGCUUCAGAAAGCUGCACAAAUGGGUCCAACUACCACCACCAACAAUAAUAAUGGUUCUUCUAUCCUUAGGGGAAUGUGUAGUAGUUCCUCAAACAAAUCCGAAAGGGAACUUGUUGUCUCUGAUCAUGUUGCAUUUGGAAGUGAUCAAAGAAGAUCAAGCAUGGAAAAUGAUCAUCACCACCAGCAACACCUUCAUGGGUUGAUGAACUCCAUUGCCAGUAAUGUAGGAAACACUACUACUAGUUCCAUAUUUGACAAUGUGCAUCAAGGGAAUGAUGAUAACAACAACAACCUCAGUCAUCAUCAUCAUCAUCAUCAUCAUCAUCAGUUUCAUCAGAGCCUAGAGGAUUCUAGUAACACCAAUAAGCUUCCUCAGAAUCAUCUUGGGGUCAGUUUUGGAGGGUCUGAUAAGUUGACAUUGGAUUUUCUUGGAGUUGGAGGAAUGGUAAGAAACAUCAACACUGGUGCAACAACACACGCAUUUUCACAAACACAUAGAGAGCAACAACAACAAGGAAUGAUGAGUACCUUGAGUUCUUUGGAUUCGGACCUGAAAUCAGCACAAUCAGCCACACCAAGCCACCGUUUUUGAAGUUAGUUCUUCAUCUCUGCAAUGAUCAAGGAAAAUAAUCAAAUUAAAUUAAAAACAGACAAUGUUAGUUGUUUUACGUAUGAACUUGUUCAAAAACAAUUGUUCUUUAUUAUUUUUUUUCUCUUUCUCUAAUUGGCACAUUAUGACAUUAGGGUUUCAAUUCCAAAAACCGCAAUCCUUGUAGUAGUAUCUUUCUUGAACAAACCUCGUUCACAUAUUAUUAUUAUUAUUAUUAUUAUUAUUAUUAUUAUUAUUA